AACUUCCGGUCUGAGGCGACUGCUGUUUUUCCUUCCUGGAACCCUGUAUGGAGGGUUUGGUGUUGGAGACCUUGUUUUAUUUCUCAGCGUUUCUUUGGUUGAGUUACACGUGCGAACCGCUAUGGCGUCCGCGUCCGCCCAACCUGCUACCCUGAGCGCCGAGCAGGCCAAGGUGGUCCUGGCCGAGGUGAUCCAGGCGUUCUCGGCCCCUGAGAACGCCGUACGCAUGGAUGAGGCUCGAGACAACGCGUGCAACGACAUGGGCAAGAUGCUGCAAUUCGUGCUGCCGGUGGCCACACAGAUUCAGCAGGAGGUUAUCAAAGCCUACGGCUUCAGCUGCGACGGGGAAGGUGUUCUUAAGUUUGCCCGCUUGGUCAAGUCUUAUGAAGCCCAGGAUCCCGAGAUUGCCAGCCUGUCCAGCAAGCUGAAGGCGCUGUUUCUGCCUCCCAUGACACUGCCGCCCCACGGGCCUGCUUCAGGUGGCAGCGUUGCUGCCUCCUGAGGGUUGGCCUCCCCUGUAACACUUCCUGGGAAGGGAAAAAUCCUGAUAUUUCUGAGGAUAAUAAAUAUACCUGUGACUUA